UAACAAUGUAAUAAAACUUUUCGUAAACUUGGGUAAUCUGUGUACCAAAUCCCAUCUGGACUACAGUGGAUGUUUCAACCCACUAAGGUGCUUGUUAACUUUUUGGUGAGCAAGGUGAAGCAAAUAAAUCAUCAUGGUUUUCAGUGAGCGUCUUUCCUUGGAGCGCAGAGUACGCACGGUCGUCUUGGCACUGCUGCUUUGCGCACAGGCCGUAUUGGGCUUCUCAGUGGCCGGACAGCAGGAAAUCACCUGCGAGGACAACGGCAGCAUAUACUUCGUGGGGGAAUGGUAUUUUCUGGACUCCGAUCAUUGCACCCAGUGUGUGUGCACCGCCGGGGGCUCCGCGUGUUCCCGCACUGGGUGCACCUCUCUCCCGGCGGCGUGCAUCCAUGUCAGCCACUACCCCACCGACUGCUGCCCCAGGUGCGAGAAGAUCGGGUGCGAGUACCGAGGAGUGGUGUAUGAACUGGGGCAGAACUUCCAGCCAUCAGAAUGUGAGCAGUGCACUUGUGACAGUGAUGGCAUCGCCCGCUGUCUAGUUGCAGAUUGUGCCCCUCCACCAUGUGUCAACCCCGUCUACCAGCCCGGGAAAUGCUGCCCUGAAUGCAAGGACGGUCCUAACUGCUACGUUAAUGCGUCACGCAGCCAGGUGAUUCCCGCUGGAGAGCCCACCUGGGUCGACUCCUGCACCAAGUGCCGUUGUCAUGAUGGCCAGGACGCCGGCUACUGGGAGGGAAACCGUCUCGCCACCUGUUCCCGCCUCAAAAACUGCACGCCUGAACAGCCGUCCACCCAGAAAAACUGAUUCACUCCGUCAGCAGAGAAACAGCUGUUACUCUAACAUACAAUCCCUGAUGACUUACUGUCUCUUCAUCUUCCAUCUCGAAGAACAUGCUGAGCCUCCUGUGCAUGUCAACGGUAGAGCCAGACAUCAAGGAUAAUCUGCCACCUCCAAAACUGUUUCAAGCUGAACAAGGACCAAAGAAAUCAUUUUAAAAAAGCCAAAAGCCAUCAGAACAGAUCAGCUGCCACCCCACAAGCACUUUUCACCCAUGAUUUCUGCAGUACUGAUGAGACCCACCGAGUGUGACACUUUGGUGGACAAGGCUGGCCCAUUAUCAGGCCUGAGCUGCACAUUACAAACAAGGUUGAAUUUCAAGGCUGAUUUACAGACCAGUCAAAGCUGCAGCUUCACUGCAUAUCAGUGGGUUUUCGCAAUUUGUUUUUUUAAAGAAAUCAUCCACAGUGCAAAAUCAACAAAGCCUUUGCAUUAUCGUAUAACGCUGUAGUCCUGUUGUGCUCAGUGUCAGUAUCUGAAUGUAAGACCUUUAUUAUGUUCGUUGAUUUUGUGCUGCCACAGUUCAAAUUUUUACAUAAAGUUGUGUUUAAUCAAGUUACCACAAACUUACUGAGGCGCAGAAACCCUCUGGUCAGGUAGUUUUACUGUAUGCCAGCACAGAAGCACUGGUUGGUACAUACAUAAUGCAUAGCGGGUGAUUGGUGGACGAUCAAUAGGGGCCCAACAGCAAAUGUUUUACACUGUGGACCCCUAUGGUUAACAUGGCCAUAUGUAAAGAAUAACUUUAUAUAUAAGACUUUAUCCCACCAGCUGAGAGGAUGAAUUCCUUGAAAACCAAUGAAAACAGGAUUAAAACUAUCUCUAUUUAAUAACGCGGAUUGCAGCAGUGAUGUAAAGAUAAGAUGUUUGAUUUGUGGAGCCUCAAACGCCCUCAAACCUUGUGCGGAACAUCUGUACUCCUACAGAAAAAUCCAUAGUUUAAGAAAUCUGUCAGGAACUACAGAAAACAAACCUUUAAAAGGUGACCACAUUCCAGAUAUUCACCCUUUUAUUUUUCAUCUGCCCGUUUCUUCAGAAAGUUUGAUUUCGAUUACGUGUUGAGUGACAGAUACUAGCAAGCUUAUAGAAGCUUUUUUUUUUUUUUUAAUUUCCAAGCACUUGCUUUGGUAAACGACUAGCGACAUAACAAAGCCAGCGAUGUUAUUGGAUGAUGAAAAAUUGUAAUUGACCUGUCACGGUUUGAUGCAGCACCCAAAUGCAUGCACAGCUGUGAUGCAAUUUAGACUAGGAAAUGGCUCAGAAAAGCAAUUAACAAUUUGUAACUGUUCUAUAAAUCCUGCAGUUCAGCUUCCAUGCUAAUCGAAGUAUAAUGUAUGAGACUAUGGCCUAACACAGGACUGUACAGUAGAUGUAGACGCGGGUGAUAUUUGAAAACAGGGGGAACAUUGUUUGUUCAUGUACACUGUAGAGCCGGAACAACAAUCUGUCAUUUACUGCGUUAUUAAUUCUCCACAAGGCAGAAUGUGCAGCCUCUCGUAGAGAAAGCCCUCCGCCUCGUCAUUUCCACUGUCAUCAAAGCAGACAGCUGUCAUUCACUUUCUUCUGAGUGAUCUUCAGUGUAUGAUGAAAUGUAGCAUGAUGCGUCUUUCUAUACAGGGUUAUAUGCAGCACAUGUUCUAUUAUUUGUCAUAAUCUACCACUUUAAUCAUGAGGGACCUUUGAAUGAAAACCAAAAAUAAUCUUGUGCUUAUAUGUUUAUGUGCAGUGUUGGAGCCUGUGAUAGCAUUUACUUUACUGCAUAUUUAAAGCUCCCAAGCUGCAGCUGCAUGACGUAUAUCACUGCAACUGACAACUUUCCCUGCUUUAAUUCUCCCUGAAAAGCUUCUUUAUGCAAGGUUUGGGAUUAAGUUUAAACUUUUAGGGUUUUGAACACCUUUAGGAUCUCAUUUUUAUCAGGAUACUUUAGGAAUAAAUACGCUGUAUUUACGACAUCUUCUAAGAAGGAGACUGAAUAAGAUCUGAAAGCUCUUCUCCCGCAGCCAUCAUCUUAAUUCCUGAAUAAUCAGAAAGAAACGAGGUUUAAUGAAUAGUAUGACACUUUGUGAAAUAUGCAGAGUUAGACGAGAAGUUCGAUAUUUCCGUCAUACCUUUUCACUAAAUAUGAAGCUACAGCCAGCAGACUUUUAGCUACGCUUAGCAUAACGACUAAAAGCAGGAAGAAUCAGCUAGCCUGGUGCUAUCCAAAGCUACCAACAUCCACCAACAAGCACCUCUGAAGCUCACUAAUAACACAUGAUAUCUCAUUUAUUUAAAAUCUGUACAGUCGACACUGGCUUUUACACUCUGGUUCAUGUUAUUAUGUAUUAUAUAUAGAUUGUAUGGAUUAAACAAACGAGACAUAUCAUAAAGUGAGCUUCAGAGGCAUUGAUAGGUGGGUUUUGUUACCUUUGGCCAUACCCAGGCUCACUGUUUCCCGAUUUACAGUCUUUAUGCUGUUAGCUUGUCUUCUCAACCAACUAUUGGCAAAGAAGCCAAAUAUGUCAAACAAUUCCUUUAAGUGGAGUUUUGGUAUACUUACAAUAAAAGGGAACUGGUUUGAAUAACAUGCACAGACCAUGUCGUGUGUCAUGCUGAUAAUAUACCCCGGCUUUACGAAAACAUCUUGUAAAAUAUUUCAAAAUUAAACACCUUUUCAAGUCUG